AUGACUGAUUCUCCUACCUACAACUUUACUGUUCGUAAAGUAGGAAGCUGUAAUUUGACACUUUGGGAAAAUUCUCCUGUUCUUGAUCAAUUGGAUCAAUUAAAUGGUGCAAUACAUAAUUGGCCAAAGGUUAACAUAACUAAUGUUAAGAGAUGGAUGGCUUAUGUCAAGUGUGACGCACCUCUUAUGCUGAAAAACAUAACCGAGUUGGACACUAGUGAAGCAGUAAUACUCCCAUACGAUUAUGCUUUGUAUGUAUCAUCAUUAUGUCCAAUGUGUAAAGCUGAUUGCACGACUUGGAAUAUUGAUGAAAGUAAUAAUGAAGACUCAAAAACACCAACUACAAUUAUCACUACUACAAAUUCUUCUACUUCUUCACCUAUUGAAUCCAGAAAUAAUGAUCAUGGUGCUUUCCCUCACUUCAGAUGGGUAAAAUAUCUUGCAUCUAUUCGUAAAGAAGGACAUCCUCCUCCUUGUUCAAUACUACGACUACGUGUUCUACUACGUCUGCUACUAUGCUCUCGUUCUUCAUCUUCACCACCACGUCUCGAAACAGCACGUGAUAUUGCUGAAAGAUACGAAAUUUAUGAUAGUGUGUCUGUAUUAUUUGAACAUGAUAAUUUGUGGUAUGUGAGCCCAAAAAAAAGAUCAAGAAUAAAGAAUAGUCAUGAUGAUUCCAAGGAAAAUGGCACAUCUAGUAAUGAGACUGAGUCAAUCAAUGGUUCAAACGUAAAAGUAGAAACCAAUUUUGAUAAUGAUCAAGCAUCUUAUAAAGAACCCAAAAAAAAAGCUGCUGUUCGAAAGAGACCACAACAAUCCACUGAUCGUGACCAUGAUGAUGUUAAUACGGAAGUUGCUUCUACUAAAACGACGUACAUUCACGAGGAAAUAGCUGUUCUUAAACCCGAUGUCAAAGAUGAAAUCAAAUCGCUCAAAAGAAAAUCGGACGAACCCGACGGCCUUUUCAGUGCCUGUUCUAGAUCAAAAAGAUGUAUACUCUGGACCGGAAUUGGUGCUGCAAUUGGUGCUAGUGUGACAGCAGCAGCUCUUAACAACUUUGGAAUUGGAUAUUGGACCUAA